UAGACCUAAGGGCCACCAUGGACCUACAUAUGAGCAAAAUAAACAAUUUCUUAUUACUUAAAUAAACAUUUGUUUUUUAAUUAACAAGAUAAAAUCUUUUUUUAUUAUUUUAGAAGGUCCACAAAAAAGGGACUGUGAGAAGGGAAGAGAAAACUCUCUCUGUUGAGAAAACUCAGCAGGCAUGUCUCUGGGCUACGCAGAGAAGCUCUCUUACAUAGAAGAUGUUGGCAGCGUUGGGAUGACGGAGUAUUACGACCCGCCCCAUGUUCUCCAGGAGAAAGCUGACCGACUUGCAUUGAUGAUUAGAAAGAGUAAGCAUUUAGUGGUGUUUACUGGAGCAGGAAUAUCUACUUCAUGUGGUAUUCCCGACUUCCGUGGUCCCAAUGGUAUCUGGACACUUCAGAAAGAAGGAAAAGCUAUGCCAAAGGCAUCAUUGCCAUUUCACCGUGCAAUGCCUAGCUUGACUCAUAUGGCAUUGGUUGGAUUAGAGAAAGCUGGUAUUCUAAAGUUUAUUAUUAGUCAGAAUAUUGAUGGCAUUCAUCUCCGAUCUGGCAUUCCAAGGGAGAAACUUUCUGAGCUACAUGGAAAUUCAUUCAUGGAAAUUUGUCCGUGCGGAGUUGAGUAUAUGAGAGACUUUGAAGUAGAAACAAUUGGUUUGAAGGAGACAACACGAAAUUGUACAAAAGUGGGUUGUAGUGCAAGGCUUAGAGACACAGUUCUUGAUUGGGAGGAUGCCUUGCCUGAAAAAGAGAUAAAUCUAGCAGAAAAGCAUUGCAAAAUGGCCGAUCUUGUGCUAUGUUUAGUUUGCAGAUAACUCCUGCAUGUAAUUUGCCUCUUCGAUGCCUUCGGAAUGGAGGUAAAAUAGUAAUAGUAAAUCUUCAGGUACAUCUAUUCUUUUCUCUGCUACUUUCAGAAUAUCUUGAUUGCCACUGUAUCACAUCUUAAAUGUAGUACGUUAACCAAAAUUUUUGAUGACUACCCUAGGUACUUUAGAUUUUAUUUCAAGUCCCUGUAAUUUCAAACUUAGGUAGUUAAUACCUUUGCAUUAUAGGAGAAAUACAAAAUAGCUUGAGUUCUUUAAUCUUGUGUGUUUGUACAUAUAAAGUUAUAAACAAUUUUAGCCUUUGUUCAUGCUUGUAAUCUGAAAUUUUUUAAAUGGGCAAACACAAGAGACCCUGUGAAGCAGCCUUUUGCUGUAAAAGGUUGAAAUGUGCAUCAACUAUGUAAAAACAAAAUACAAUGUUCAAAAAUCAAAAUGCUCCCCUAUGAACUACUUCCUCUGUCCUAAAACCAUCUUCCCGGUUUGACUUUAGGCCAUUUUUAAGGGAUUAGUUAAUUUUGCUUUGACUUCCAAUUUUGCCCCUCUAGGCCUCCAUAAAAACAUUGAAAUAAAAACUAAGGCAUUUCAUUCCCUUCCGACUUCUGAUUACGACUCACUGGAGAUCUCUCUCGCUGGAAAAUUCCCAUUAAUACUGGGAAAGCUCAAACCUUUAACCCACAUGGAAAUAGGAUACAACUUAUAUGAAGGAGUUAUCCCGUGGCAAUUCGGUAAUUUGGUGGAGAUUCAAUGCCUGGACAUUUCUAGGGCAAAUCUCCCCAGACCCAUUUCAAGUGAGUUCAGAAAUAUAACAAAACUAGCUUCAAUCUUCAUGUCCGGUAACCUUCUUGAUGGAUCAAUCCCAUAUGAAGCGAGAUAAAAUCACCUCUCCCAAAAUCUUGGAUCUUUCUGUGAAUCUCCUCUCCAGCGAAAUCCAUAUGAAGGGUGUGAAGAAUAGAUCUAGGAUUUUAUG